UCCAUGUAGAUAACCAACGAAGAAGAAAUGCUUGCAACGAUGGCGCCAGCUCUUGUCCGCUCCAUGUCAAGCUAACAUCGUCAUGCUUAUCUGUCCUUUUUAAAUACUUAUCACACUCCGGCAUCUUGGCGUGCACUUGUCUCAUUAAAGGCGAGCAAUGGCCAACGCACAGUCCGCCUUAAAGCUGGCCGUGUGCCUCCUGGUGGUCACAGAGCUGCUUCUGGCCAAGAAGAAUUACUACCACAUUCUGGGAGUGCCUGAGGACGCCACCGAGCGGCAGGUAAAGAAAGCUUUCCACAGGCUGGCUAUGAGGCAUCACCCUGAUAGGAACAACAGUCCGGAUGCAGAAGCCACAUUCAGGGACAUUGCUGAAGCUUACGAAACGUUAUCAGAUGCAACCCGAAGACGCGAGUAUGAUCAGUUUGGUGGCAGCGCUCCUUUUUUCACCGGCGACACGCAGCAGAGGCAGAGAGCCCACCAGUCCUUCAGCUUCAAAUUGGACGACAUAUUCAAGGAUUUUGACAUCCACAGCCACAACCGGCACGCCCGCCACAGAAGACACUUUGACGAGCACUCCCCACGGGAGCCGCACGGUCGACGCAAGAGACAUUUUCAAGGGGCGGGUUUCUUUGACGACGUGUUGGACGACGUCGAGCGAAUGUUUACCUUGCGCAGACACCCGAAGCAGAGCCAGAACGUGUUUGACGGCACGUCCAAGCAGCACUGCAGGACGGUGACGCAGCGCAGAGGAAACAUGGUGACCACAUACACGGACUGCACUGCAUCCUAACAUGCAACAUUUAAAUAUGAUGUUUGUUGUGAUGAUAAAUCAGAAAGUGCUGGUAUUACGGGAUAGAAUACAGCCAUUCCCCAGACUAUACACAGUGGGUGGAUAUAGUGUACUACAGACCGGGGCAAAUUAAGGCCCGGGGGCCACAUGCGGCCCGUUAAGCUUUUCAAUCUGGCCCGCCGGUCCCAAAUCAUUAUUUCAGAUCUUUAAAGGCCUACUGAAAUUAAAUUUUUUUAUUCAAACGGG